GAUGUCGGCGCCACGACGGCGACGAUAACCGUCCAUUCGCUCGUCCGCCGGCACACACGCCUGGCGUCCGCACCACGCCGCGCGCUCACUCUAUUCAUAUCAAUGGUGUUUGUGCAUCUUUACAGGAAAAUACUUUAAAACAGCCGGGGACAUCGAAUAAUUACAUCAUGGACAAGGAACACGCUUUAGAAGACAUGAUGGGCAAACUGGGAGAUUUCGGGCGAUAUCAAGGCUUUCAAUUCUUUCUCCAUAUCCUGGCAGCGAUGACAGCUGGGUUACAUAUGCUUUCUUUGAUAACUGUUGCAGCUGUACCAGAACAUAGGUGUGCCAUAAAGGGAGUAGAUAGUUCUAAUUAUACGGAGCCUUGGAAUUCUUCAUUAGUUCUUGAUGCAAUACCUUUAAACGAUCAUGGAAAAUUGGAUUCUUGUAAGAUGUAUGGCCCAAAUAAAUCAUUAGAAGACUGUGAUUCUUGGGCUUACGAUACUCAAUAUUAUACAUCAUCACGUGGCAUUGAAUGGGAUUUCGUUUGCAGUCGACGGUGGAUGGGGGCCGCAGCCCAAACCGCCUACAUGUUUGGCGUUGUUUUAGGCUCAAUAAUUCUCGGAAAGCUUUGCGAUGCAUUUGGAAGAAAAACCGUUUUUGUUUGGGCUGGCAUCAUGCAAUUACUUUUAGGAAUGUCGGUUGCGUUUGCGAAUGAUUACUAUACAUUUAUUACGAUAAGGUUCUUAUACGGGAUCUUUGGAUCUGGAUCUUAUAUAGCAGGAUUUGUUCUAACAAUGGAACUAGUAGGACCGAGUCGGCGUACAAUUUGCGGUGUAGCUUUUCAAAUAAUGUUUGCCGUUGGAAUCAUGCUUUUAGCUGGGUGGGGAUACCUUAUAGAUAAUAGGUUUUAUUUACAAAUUUUAUACGCAUUACACGCUGUUAUAUUACUACCUCAUUGGUUCCUAAUGGAUGAAUCUCCGAGAUGGCUUUGGUCGCAAGGUCGGGCUCGUGAAUCUGUGGCUAUAAUAGAAAAGGCAUUAAAAAUGAAUGGAUCUACUGAAGAAAUUGAUUCACCUGCAUUGGUAUCACAAUGUAAGGUAUCCUGCGCAAAAUAUUCUGAUGACAGUUCACCUGGAACUUUCAAUCUUUUUAAAACUCCAAAUAUGUUAAAGAAAACUCUUAUUAUAUGUGGAUGCUGGUUUGCUAAUUCUGUCGUAUAUUAUGGCCUCUCACUCAAUACGGGCAAACUAAAUGGCAAUCCUUAUUUUAUAACAUUUCUUUUGGGUAUCGUAGAGAUGCCUAGCUAUAUUAUAAUUAUGUAUUAUUUAGACCGUGUAGGUCAUAGAGCUCUUAUUAGCACAAUGAUGUUGUUGGGCGGCAUAUCUUGUUUAGUUGUAGCUGCACUACCUCACGGGUCUACUUCAGCUACAGGCAUUGUGAUGGUUGGUAAACUAUUCAUAUCUGGAUCAUAUUCUAUCAUUUAUAAGUAUUCGGCAGAAUUAUUUCCUACUGUGGUUCGCAGCUCUGGCGUUGGCCUUGGCAGCAUGUGCGCUAGUGUUUCUGGUGCUUUAACACCAUUGAUAAGUUUGCUCGAUACUCUCAAUCCAAAAAUACCUACCAUUAUCUUUGGAUUUUUGGCUUUGUUGUCUGGAUUUUCUACAUUUUUCCUACCAGAGACAAUAGGUCGUACGCUACCCCAAUCGAUUGAGGAUGGUGAGAAAUUUGGUGUAGGCGAUACAUGCUUUACUAAUUGUAGUGGAAGACGUAUGAGUAAUGCUUCUGAAGAUAUUCCUGAAACUAUGAUCCCGUUAGAUGUAACGGAUAAAAAAUCAUGAUAUGUUAAAUGUAAUAAAUAAAAAUCUAUUGACAGAUAUAUUUAUUACCUACGUACAUAAAUAUAUGUAAAAUCAAAUUCAUAAUAUAAUUAAAGUUAUUUUACUAGAGUUAGUUAAAAUCAAACUUGUACCGGUUGGGAAUGUAAAAUUUCCGAGAAGAACCAACAAAAAAUUUAAUAAUUACUAUUUUCCAUUCAUUUCGAAAAUAAAUCAAAAUUGUAUAGUAGAAUAUUAAGAGUAACUGAGUAGUCUUACUACUUUUUUAUAUUUGUUUUAUUUAUCGAGCGUUUCUUCUGGAUACAGACAAACUAAUUAGGACUAUUUCUUGCCUCAUUGUAUGACAGCCUAAAUGGCCGAUUUUUUAAAUUUACUUUAAUUUAGGCCAUGUAGUAUAAGUUUACCAAGGAAUCCUUUACAUGGUACGUAUAGAAAUAAGAUAUUAUAAUUAUAGUUAAAUUAGAUUGUUAAUGAAUUUCAACAAAGUACGUUAUUUUUUCUCAUUGUGUUUGAAGUUGUCUAGUCAUUUCGUUUCGGACUGGAGGAUACGUUUAAUUUAGCAAUGUAAGAAUGCAAAGAUUUAAAUUUUAUUAUAUUAAGCUGUGUAUAAUGUUAUGUACGCUGUUAGAUGUUAGAAUGUUUUCCUUACCUAAUUUGUUUACUUUAGAUGUCAUUUGUUUUGUUCUAAUGCUUGCUUUCGAAAUUAAAUAAAGCACCCACUGCUUUGCUCGGGCGCACUUAACUCCCCUUAUCGUGCAGUGUAUCAACAAAAAGUUUAUUUGAGAAGAUAGUGAAUUUAUAGUAGACAAACGUCUGUUUCACAUAGCCAAUAUGAUAUAUUAUAGGAAUAAAACAGAAAAAAUAGACAAUCGAUAGAAUCAUUUUUGAAUUCAAAAGUAGACUUCUACGUUUAGAGGGGAAUAAUCAAAAUAACUUGACUCAGAAACCAUAAGAUAUAACGCAAGCAAAGUUAUUUACUGAACUUUAAAUUUCUAUAGUAAAGUUGCGGAGAGCAAAAAAGGAAUUUUUAUUUCCACUAUGCACUUAAUUGAUUUCAAAAGAAAAGACAGCGUAGACAACAUUUAUUAUUUUUAAAUUUAGUAUUAUAAUUUAUAUAUUUUAAAUUCAAUCGUCACCUUACAUACAGUACAUCACGUAAAAUUUAAUAAUAUCAUCACAAUUAUUCGUAUAUGUAAAAAAUUGGACACGGCUUUCAUUUAAAUUUUUUAUGACAAAAUAUCCCUGGUCAAAAUACUAUUUGUAAUUUAUUAUUUAAUUUAAUGUUUUUAUAAAUUAUAUUUUAUUAUUUUAUAAUUAUAAUAUAUAUAUAUCUACACUUAAUAGUAGAAGGAGUAAAGUUAAACAAACCUUAGAUUUACCUACAUUUUCUGCGAUUUGCUAUAUUAUAAACAGUUCUCUACUUACUUACAAAGUUCUGAUAAAAUCAUCGCCAUAGGUAUUCAAACGCUAGUUUUUCAUGAAUCCAUAAUAAAUGUCAUAAA